GUGGCAAGAUUGUACGAGUUUAUAUGUGAUGACCCUCGUAAACCAGCAAAAGCCUGUCUAAGUUAUCUGUUGUCGCCGGAACUGGCGAACACGUACACUUUACACGGAACGAAAAGUAAAAUUGGAAUUAGUAAGUACAAAUUUUACCGGACGAUUAGGA